UGUUAAUUAAAAAAAAAAGUCAACAGUAAAUGUUCGAUUGUGUGGAAUGCGGUAAUUACAUUCAAGUACCCGGAAUAACUAAUAGAAAUUGUUAUUAUGUUGAUUUUAAUACAAUAAACAUUAAAAAUAAAAUGUAGGAGAAAUAUUAUUAACAAAAAUAGCAAUGUGGGAGUAUGUAGCUAAUAUUACAAUUCGAAUUGAAAAUAUUAUUGUUGAAUAUAUCGAUAUCGAUUAUUAUCGAUGGCUAACAUGGCUUUUAGCACCGUUAAUUUUAACAUUUUUAUUACCUGGAAUAAUUAUAAUUCUUUUAUAUAUGACUGCCAUAAUUUUAUAUAUUUAUAAAUGGCAUCGAGUUCGAUUAAAAACAGCGUACGAGGAACAAGAUUUAUGGCAAACAGCCAGAAAUAUAGUUGCUAUUUUAUGGGAUGCACAUGGCUUUUUAUGGCAUGGAUUUGAAAUAACCGGCUUAGAAUACAUUCCAAAAGAUUCUGCUGCAUUAAUAAUUUAUUAUCAUGGAGCGAUUCCAGUAGAUUUAUAUUAUUUUAUAGCAAAAGUAUUUUUAUUCAGAAAUCGUUUAAUUCACACGGUAGCUGAUAGAUUUUUAUUUAAUAUUCCAGGGUGGAAAAUUAUUUCUGAAGUAUUGAAAGUCAUACCUGGAACUGUUCAAACAUGUUCAACAAUUUUAAAAGAAGGUAAUUUAUUAGCAAUAUCACCGGGUGGUGUAUACGAAGCUCAAUUUAGUACAUCAUAUGAGUUAAUGUGGAAGAAACGAUUAGGAUUUGCAAAAGUUGCAAUUGAUGCGAAAGUGCCAAUUAUUCCUAUGUUUACUGAAAAUGUGCGUGAAGCAUUUCGUGCUGUGAGUUUAGGAAGGAGAAUAUGGUUGAAAUUAUAUGCUUGGACAAAAUUUCCUUUUGCACCAAUUUACGGUGGAUUUCCUGUUAAAAUGCGAACACAUUUAGGUGCACCGAUACCAUACGAUGAAAAUUUAACGCCUGAAGAAUUACAAACAAAAGUUCAUCAAGCGUUGUCUGAAUUAAUAGCAAAACAUCAACGAAUACCCGGAAGUAUAACACAAUCGUUGAUCGAACGUGUUUAUGUAAGUCCGAAUAAAAAUUUGAAGUUAAUAAAUUCCGACGACAACGAGUUUCACAUAGCAUAAAACAUAAUAAAAAAAACAUUAUGUUAUUUUACUUCUAUGAAGUGUAAGAAAGCUUAUUGUGGCCUAAAUUUGCAUCAUUUCAGUUCCCGGAAACGGUCGUAAUUAAUAAUUUUUUUUAAUAGAAAAAACGAAUUUUUUAUUUUAAGAUAAUCCGUGUACAUGUUUUUUAACUAUCGAAUUGUUUUUAUUAAAGACGAAUUUUUAGAUAUUUUCGAUCUCGGUGAAUCUUGUAAAUAUUACUUCAGCCGGAUGUAAAAAUAUCCGAUGUAAAAGACACAUUAAUGAGAUUGAAGGCUUUAACUUAACCGCAUGGUUGCCAUUUAUACGCACGCAACUAUGAAAUUGCCUUAAUUAAUUAUUAAUUUUUUAUAUUAUUACAAGAUCUUUAAUGUAUCUUUUCCAUAGGAGUUUUAUACGCCCAGUUCUCGGAUUAACAGUAAAAUAAUUAUUCUUUAGCAAGAAUGUAAAGUUUAAAAAUUAUUUAUGUUUGGAAAACAUAGCCGAAAAUUUUGUCUAGGACGUACAGUAUGAUUGCAUUUACUUUUGAACGCUUUUGUCCAUUAAAAAAAUCACAAAUAUAAUUAUAAUACUCAUGCUAGCUCACAAUACGACAGAUUAAUGGCGUUAUAGAGCCUUUUUUUUGUAACGUGCCAAAUAUUUCUUUGUUCGAUUUUCAAUUGUUUUUCAAAAAUGCACAAAAAUUUGAUUUCUAAACAUAAUUAAUAAAUAUCGAUAAACUUAAGGAUAUGGAAGAAAUUUAACCAAUAAAUACCACAGUCGAUUAUGAGAGCUAAUGUUACAAAGUACAGGGUACGCUAUUUUUUAUGCCGGUAUGUAAAAAUUGAAUAACUUCGACAUUUGUUAACCAAUUCACUAUACAUUGAACAUUGUUCAAUCGUGUUAACUCAACGUGCAUAUCGUCGAAAAUAUCGUGGCCAACUAGCAUCGUGACAACAAUAGUUAUCGUUUGGUGUCAAAGUUCGUUACGCAAGGGACAGUGAGAUAUCAGGUACAUGCUGGUCAUCAACGACCAAGGCGUUCCAAUGAACUGGAUGAAGCGAUCAGAGAAAGCAUUGCCCCGAAUCCAAAAGUGUCGUAUCGUCACCGCGCUCAGCAUUUGUUUCCGUUUAAAUUGCAAUUUCCGUAUAACAGCAAGUCUCAGAUCGAAAGAUGCUCGAAAAGGUAAUGGAAAAAAGACAGCUAAAAAGGCACAUUUUGUUUUGGCAAAUAGAGGCGGCCACUUGAUUGCUGUUUUUUUUUUUUUUUUUAACAAAUUUAUUCAAUAUUAACAUACCAAAAUAAAAAAUGGCGCACCCGUUACACUUACAUACAAUUUUCUUGAACUGUUUCAUCUGUAUUUUUCAUAUCUUUCAAGUUUUCUCAUGUGUAGAGUAUGCUUUACACUUAAAAAUAGUUCACACGCUACUAUAAAAAUACAUCAAAUAAUUGCUAAUAUUUUUUACUUUUUUUCGUCUAUGAAACAUAAAAAGGCCUCAUGUAAUGAAGAAUGCUUGAUAGAAGAUUAGGAAAAAUAAAAAUGAAUCUUCUGCGUCAUUUUUUUCUUUUCUAUUAGCUAGAUCUGAUACGCAUUUUCAUCUUCUUUCAAGUAUUCUCGAUGUGAUCAUUUGCAUACUAAAUUGGGUUGUGUACUAAAGUUUUUAAGAACCAUAUUGAAAUACAACCUGUGUUGGACUCAAACCAGUGUCAUAAUAAAGAAUGAUCCAUUUUCAACAUUAUAUUUAAAUGUGUCACCAUUCUGGUGUUUGGUACCAGAAUGUCAUGUACCAAAAUGACGAAAUAUUCCAUUGAUAAACGUAUUUGAUAGAACGGUGAAUCCAUUUAGGAUGUGUUUUUUAAUUUUUUAAUUAAAAAUAACAUAAUCAAUUACCAAAAUUUUAGAUAAAAUUUCUACACAUUUCUGCAUGAAUAGCAUGAAUGAUAUUUAGUUUCAGAUCGUUUAUGAUUUCAGGAUCAUUACCGUAGACCUUUGCCUUCAAAUAUUUUAAAAGAAAAAAGUCAGCAGGCGUUAAAUUGUAAGAUCUUGGCGAUUAAUUAAUGUCUGAUUUACGAGAUAUUAAUGCUUCAAUUUUUAUAGCGUUCAAAUAUUAAAUAUUUUGCCUUUUUCGUUAACCCCAGUGAGAGUGUUCUCACCUGCGGAUACUAUUUCUUAUAGCUAACAUAGGCACUAGCGCAGUCUAUUCUUAUAAUAUCUCUAUGGUCAAAAUACAGGACAUUUUAGUACAAAAUACCAAAAUGACAACACAUUAAAAAAACAUUGAAACUGGAACACCCUUUACAUACAUGUUAAUGGAGUAAAUUAUUUAUUUUUUAAUAAAUUAGAAGACAUAAUCAUAAUAUUUGUACAAUAGAAAUAUUUAUAAAUAUAGAAAUUAUCAAAAAUAUAUUUUAUUAUAUCCUCCGAUAAAAUUUAAUCGUGAAUAUUGUCACAAAUAAGCAAUCGAAUAGAUAGAUAUUGACGUAUAUGAGUAAAAACAAUCAUUCGGCCAAAAUUUGUUUUCUGUGAGAUAUCUAGAAUUAAAAUUUCUUUGAAGAAUUUGAUCAUUCAAAGCUAGAUCAGUGUUACCAUACUAUCAGAUGUUUGUAAGCUUCUAAAGACUCUGGAAGGUCCAAAACUUUGGGUGACUAGUUAUUUUUACUAAUUCGUCAAUUCCGUUUUAACUAAAAAUUACAGGAGUCGAUGUAAGAUCGACCUUCACUCAUCUGGUAACCAGAUGAGACAGAUUAUAGGCUUGCCUGCUAGAAAAUAUUCUUGGAAAAAAUUAAUUGAAUUAAAAAUGGUUAUGAACCCUUUUCGAUAGACAAGAAAGCUAUCUAUCAUAGACGUGUUUAUCAAUCAAUAAAAUUCCAUAAAAAAUAUGUCUCAUCUGGUUAUCAGAUGGGUGAAGAUUGAUUUUACACCGCCUCUUGGACUAAAAGUGAAUAUUGUGUAUAUUAGAAGUAUUGAGCCUGUACUUAAUGGUUAGUGACGUAAUAUUAGCUUAAUAAAAUUUAUAUAAUUUAGAUAGACCUUGUAAUAAGCGACGUUUAUUAUUUUUGAUCCUCAGGUGGAGAAAUUACUAUUUCCAACGUCAAAAAGUAAGACUGUCUAGCCCUUGAACUCAAUGUCAAAUUUUAUAACAUUUCGGACUUACUUUUUGUCGUUUCAAAAAUUGUAAUUUUAUCCCACACACCCAAUUUGUAUUGUUACGUCA